AUGUCAGUAUCAACUGAACAAGCAGCGCAGCAGAUGCUUGCUGUCUUAGAAAAGACAGUCUCGCAAAAUCCUAAUGACCAGAAACAAGCUAUGGAGUACAUUACCGCAGCCUGUCAGCAGGAUUUUCCAGUUUUUGUCCAGUGUCUUAGUAUUAUUCUGCGAGCGCAACAAUGCCAAUCCUAUGUGCGACAAGCAGCGGGGUUGCAGCUUAAAAACGUUUUAUACUCCAAGGAUAUCAACACAAGUGAAAUAUAUCUUCAACGAUGGCUCCAACUUGCUGUUGAUGUUCGAGAAAAAGUCAAGGAGAAUGUUGCUGGAACUCUCGGUACAGAGCCCUCAAGACCUUCCAUCGCUGCUCAAUGUGUUGCUGCAAUUGCAUGUGCUGAACUUCCUUCUAACCUUUGGCCGAAAGUUAUCAAUUUGCUUAUGGACAAUGUCACAAAUGCAGCCAGUAGUGAAAUGUUGAUGGAAUCCUCACUGGAGACUCUUGGAUACAUUUGCCAAGAUAUUGAUCCAAAAGUUCUCGAGAAUCGAUCGAACGAUAUCCUGACGGCGAUUGUUCACGGAAUGAGGAAAGAAGAGACCUCAGUGAAUGUUCGGCUUGCAGCCACAAACGCCCUGCUAAACUCACUGGAAUUCACCCAUCAGAAUUUUGCUAAUGAGCCGGAGAGAAACAUAAUAAUGCAAGUUAUAUGCGAAUCGACAACUUGUGCUGAUCAACGGGUCCGCGUAGCUUCGCUACAAUGCCUUGUGCGAAUUAUGCAACUGUAUUACGAUUUUAUGGGUACGUAUAUGGGAUCAGCUCUAUUCCAGAUUUCGUUGAGUGCUAUGAAAUCAGAGGAGGCUGAUGUUGCGAUGCAAGGAAUGGAGUUCUGGUCAACUAUUGCAGAAGAAGAAUUCGAAUUGAACCUUGAGUACACCGAGCAAGUUGAACGGGAAGUUCCGGGUGCAGCUUGCAAAUCACUUCGUUUCACCGAACAAGCUGCUCCGCAUAUUUGUCCAAUUUUAUUAGAAACCAUGGCCCGACAUGAUGAUGGCGAUGAUGAGGAUGAUUGGACACCAUCUAAAGCUGCCGGAGUAUGUCUUAUGCUUACCGCGCAAUGCAUCGGGGACAACAUUGUCAAUAUUGUGGUGCCGUUCUUCAAAAACUUCCAAAACCCUGACUGGAAGUUCAAGGAAGCGGCUAUCAUGGCAUUUGGUUCAAUUUUGGAUGGUCCGGACCCUAGAAAGUUAAUGCCAAUGGCCGAGCAAGCUCUUCCUGAAAUCAUUGCAUCCAUGAGUGACAAGAAUGUGAAUGUUCGUGAUACAGCAGCGUGGGCGUUGGGACGAGUAAUCGACACUUGCUCCGAAUUGGCGAAUAAUCCCGGCCUUCUUCAAACCGUGUUGCCAGCACUUUCUAAUGGUCUUCAUCAGGAGCCAAGAGUUGCUAACAAUGUCUGCUGGGCACUUGUUUCACUCGUUAAGGCUUGCUAUGAUAGUGCCGUUGCGAAUGGGACAGACUCAAGUGGCCAACCAGAUUGUUUUGCACUCUCGUCAGUCUAUGAAAAUAUGAUCAGCGAAUUACUUAAAAUCACUGAUAGAGCUGACGGAAACCAAUCAAACCUUCGAAUUACUGCUUAUGAGGCUCUUAUGGAGUUGAUCAAACAUUCACCCAAGGAUUGCUAUGCAUCUGUGAGAAACACGACCGUUAUCAUUCUCAAGAAACUUGAGUCGUUGUUACAAAUGGAGGAACAAGCAACUAGUGAGGCUGAUCGUGCUCAAGUUCGUGAUUUACAAGCUAUGCUUUGCGCGACACUUCAAUCAGUGACGAGAAAGUUACAACCAUGUGAUAUUAUCGCAGUUGGCGAGCACAUUAUGGGUGGAAUUUUGCAAAUUAUGGCUCGAGCUGCUAUUUCUAAGAGCAACGUUGUUAUGGAAGAAGCUUUAUUAUCUGCCGCUUGCUUGGCGGAAUAUCUAGGAAAAAACUUUUCACGUUACAUGCCAGUUCUUAAACCAUAUUUAAUUCAAGGGUUGAGCAAUGUUGAAGAACCGCAGGUUUGCGCUGCGGCUGUUGGAGCUGUAACAGACUUGAGCAGAGCGCUUGAAAACGAAAUUGCUCCAUAUUUGGAUGAAAUAGUCGAAAUUCUCAUAAAAUGUCUACAGGCACCAAAACUCGACCCUAACGUGAAAGUAGUAAUUAUUGGAACAUUUUCUGAUAUUGCGAUGGCAAUUGGAAAAGCUUUCGAGAGGUAUUUGGAACCGGUGAUUAAGAUUUUGACUGAUGCUCAAAGCGCAGCCGUUGUUACUGAUGUGAACGAUAUUGAUAAUGUCGAAUAUGUCGAUCGUCUGCGAGAAGCAUGCCUCAAUUCAUACACUGGAAUCUUCCAAGGAUUCCGAGUUGACGAUGUGCAAGAAUCUCGAAAUUCGAUUUCUCGAUUUGUGCAACCGCUUAUUGAUCUCGUGUUGGCCAGUUGCUGUAUGGAGCCAGUGCCACCAUCGGACUUACUUAUGGCCACGACUGCUGGAGUUAUUGGCGACUUGCUUGGAUUAUACGAAUCUGACGUUGUUCAUAUUUUCAACACGGAUGUGGUGCAUAGCAUGCUUAACAAGGCUAGAAAGUCGAAGUUGCAGAAAUGUCGUUCAAUGGCAAUUUGGGCAUCAAAAGAAAUGAAGAAGCACGUCGAUAAAAUUAAAUCCGUAGGAUUCAACUUUAACAGUUAA